AUGCCGCCCGAAGACCUCACUGCAGAACGCAACGACUCGACCGACCCAGAUCCAAAUCUGGUCCUCUAUAUCAAACACCUCCCCGACACAGUCCACAAUUACCGACGCUUCUUCAACAGCCUAUUGGUCCCUCGGCCUGACCAUGAGAUUUUCUUACGUGACCUCAGGCAUUUUCGCGAGCAGGCCGAGAUCAUCGUGCUACUGACCACCCCAGCUUCAGACGGUACGACCAACGGAGGUUCACCGACAGAAACAGCCACGAGCAACGCAGAGGCCAAUGCCACCACUAGACCUAUCCCAACGACCGUGAGUGAUAUCUACCGCCAGACGACGACCCAUUUCCUAGCCUCCCGCUUCGCUCACCCAUAUUGUCGGAAUGAAUACGGACAUGUUUCAACAUCGCACGCCAGUCGCUCCUUCUUCGACAAGACGACUGUUAGCAAGCGAAAGCAGGCAGAUGCAGCAGCAGAGGCCAAAGCGCGCGAGGAUGAGCGGAUACACAAACUUCUCGUCCCAAUCUGGAUCGCUUUCCGAAGACGGAUGAUGGUCACCGCCGAGGAGCUGACUGCGUGGGUCGAGGACUGGAAUGCGAACGAAUAUUCAAGGUGGAAGGCUGCAGCUGAGGACAACAUCGAGAGAAAAGGGGAAGCGCGGACGGCGUUACACCUCGCACCAGAGGACAAGGACCCGAUGGAGGAGCAAAGGCAGGUGCCAGCACACAAUGAGCGAAGUGGGACCUAUCUCAACGCAGCGGAAGCGUUCGUCUCCGAAGAGGGUGAUCUCGUCGAUGCGCCAUCGCAGCAGCAUGACACGGCGGCCCAGGCAGGCGGGCUCUUCGUUGGUGUAGCUGCGGCUUCUUUUCUGGCAAGCAAUAAACGGGCGAGGAAGUACUUGUUGAAGAAGAUGAAGCAGAAAUGA